AUGGGUGUAAGAAGUUAUGUCACUAGAGACAUCAAAGCAUCAAUGAAACAAUCAGUUGUCAGAUACUGGGAUAUUGUAUUUUUCAUUUUCUGUGUCUGUCAACUUCAAAAGGGCAAGCUCUCAUCUGUGGAUGAUAGAACUGUGCAUUCUUGCUGCUACCCAGCCUGCAGUCAGACCCCUUGCAGCAGAACCACCUGCUGCUGCCCUUGCUGUGUGACCAGCUGUUGCCAGCCCAUGUGCUGUUCCCCUUGCUGCCAGCCCACCUGCUGCAGGACCACCUGCUGUCGGCCCACUUGCUGUGGGUCCAGCGGCUGUGGGUCCAGCUGCUGCCAGCCUUGCUGUCGCCCUUGCUGUGUGUCCAGCUGCUGCCAGCCUUGCUGCCGCCCAACCUGCUGUCAGACCACCUGCUGCAGGACCACCUGCUGUCGGCCCACUUGCUGUGGGUCCAGCGGCUGUGGGUCCAGCUGCUGCCAGCCUUGCUGCCGCCCUUGCUGUGUGUCCAGCUGCUGCCAGCCUUGCUGCCGCCCAACCUGCUGUCAGACCACCUGCUGCAGGACCACCUGCUGUCGGCCCACUUGCUGUGGGUCCAGCGGCUGUGGGUCCAGCUGCUGCCAGCCUUGCUGUCGCCCUUGCUGUGUGUCCAGCUGCUGCCAGCCUUGCUGCCGCCCAACCUGCUGUCAGACCACCUGCUGCAGGACCACCUGCUGUCGGCCCACUUGCUGUGGGUCCACCUGCUGCAGGACCACCUGUUGCCGGCCUAGCUGCUGCUGCCGCCCUUGCUGUGUGUCCAGCUGCUGCCGCCCUUGCUGUGUGUCCAGCUGCUGCCAGCCUUGCUGCUGCUGA